UACCUUUCAAUUUUUUUCAAUUCUGAAUAUAUACAUACAUAGGCAUGUGGGAUUGAAGGAAAAGAAUGCUAAGUGUUUUGAAGGUCUUGAAAGCUCAAUUUCAGGAGUGAAACUUCUGGGCAGUUUUUCCUUUUUCUGAUAUAUUGGGGUUGUUGUUUUACAACACAAUAGGUUGUUGGUUGGUUGGUGCAUCUAUUGUGUGUACUUGGGGUUGCGCCCCUUUUUGUUUUUUUAAUGAAUGCUUUUACUUAUCGCAAACUAAUGUAUCUAUAUAGCCUUUUGGUUUGAUUUUGUAGGUGUGAAAAUUUGGUAUAAGUUUGAUAAUAUAGAAGAGUUUGGUUACUUGAAUGGAUGAGAUAGAAGAAAUACUGGGGAGAAAUAGGCCUGAAGAUGUGAGUUGGCUCUGUUCCCUUUCUGCUUCAGAGCUUGAUAUGCUGAUAAGCUUAAAAAUGCUGGUCCUCCAGCGUGCAAAAGUAAUUGGCCAUGAAAGUCUAGCUAAAAAAUUUGAUCUAAAGAUGCUUCGAGCCAUGGGGUUCAUAUUGAUGGAAUAUCUCAAAGGAAAGGUCAAGGAUUUAUCUCUUGUUUCUGGAGAGAAUGCUGAAUUUAUGGAUUGUUGCAAUUUAUUGAAAUUUAGUGUUGAGGAAAUUAUGAGUAAUGAAGAGAUUAAGGCAUGUAUUGGCCGUUCCAAAAAAAGUCCAGCAAAAAGUUGAGUCCAAGCUGCACGGCUUGAUUAUGAAUGUAUUUUUGGUCGUCUUGUGAUUUUUCUUUUCUUACGUAAUUUUGGUCGUCAUAUGAUUUUUUUUUUCUAUGUAUUUUUGGCCAUCAUAUGAUGAUUCUUAGGUUUACUGGUUUUAAAAUCCUGUCAAUUGUUUCUGAAAUCAAAUGAAUUGGGCAGCUUUCAUGAGGAACUGAGUUGAUGUUAUUCCUCAGUGGUUGAAAUGACCUUAAAUACUGUUUUCCAGAAUAUCCAUAUAUUGUAGCGCAAGGGCAAAUUAAGAAGCCAA